AUGUCACACAUCGUUAUUCGUGGAAUCCCCUUUGCGACUCGUCUGCGCGCAGCCCAAGGUGGUGCCAAGGAGCUUCUUAAGCGCGACCGCGUCCGCGCACAGAAGUUCCUGGCUGGCAAGCCCCACCAUGCCUUCUUGGCUGCCAAAGCCAAACGCCACAGCAGUACUGGGGCAGAGUCUAGCAUUGAUGUCACCGAUUCAGGUGUCACUUACACUAUACAAGUUGGUGUUGGAAGUCCAGCGACCGAUUAUACAUUGUUGAUCGAUACUGGGAGUUCGAAUACGUGGAUUGGUGCAGAUCUGCCAUACGAACCCACAAGCACCAGUUACGACACUGGUAACACCAUAAAUGUCAGCUAUGGUUCGGGAAGUAUGUCCGGAGAGGAAUACACCGACACCGUGACCUUAGGGCCAGACUUGGUUAUCCAGAACCAAGGCAUCGGCGUGGCUUCAUACGCGCAAGGGUUCGAGGGUGUCGAUGGUAUAUUGGGUGUUGGUCCCGUAGACCUUACACAGGGAACCGUGUCUAACACGACGGAUGUGCCUACAGUUACCGACAACUUAUACGCUCAGGGAACAAUCUCUUCCGAUUCACUCGGCAUCUCCUACGAGCCGUCUUCCACGGCUAACGUAUCCAAUGGAGAGCUUACAUUCGGUGGGACCGAUAGCACCAAGUACACUGGCACACUCAAUACUGUUCCGCUUACCACCACCUCCCCAGCCUCGGCGUAUUGGGGUAUCGAUCAGUCUGUAUCGUACGGUACUGAUCAAACAAUCUUGAAUACGACUGCCGGCAUUGUGGACACUGGCACUACACUUCUUCUCCUUGCCACUGAGGCUUUCCAGGCCUAUCAGCAGGCAACUGGUGCCGUCGAAGACUCGACGACAGGUCUCCUAACGAUCACGUCGGAACAAUACGCUGAACUUCAAAGCUUGUAUUUCAAUAUCGGCGGUGUCACCUACGAGUUUACGCCUAAUGCUCAGAUCUGGCCACGUGGUCUGAACAGCAUCCUCGGAGGAGAGGAGGGACAGAUCUAUCUGAUCGUGUCUGACCUGGGUUCCUCAGUGGGGAGCGGACUGGACUUCAUAAAUGGAUUUGGCUGGAUUCAACGCUUUUACACUUUCUUUGAUACCGGGAACGAGCAGCUCGGUCUUGCGACAACGGCAUACACUGAUGCUGAUACCAACUGA